AUGUCUCACGAGGAGGACCUGAUCGACUACUCCGACGAGGAGCUCAACCAGACCGAUGCCGUCGCCACCGGCGCGACUGGCGCGGCCGCCAACGGUGAACAGAAGAAGGGCGACCUGAGUGUGACCGGCGAAAAGAAGGGCAGCUACGUCGGCAUCCACUCCACCGGUUUCCGGGAUUUCCUCCUCAAGCAGGAGCUUCUGCGUGCCAUCACCGACUGCGGUUUCGAACAUCCUUCGGAGGUCCAGCAAAUUUGCAUUCCCCAAGCCAUCAUUGGUUCCGACAUCCUCUGCCAGGCAAAGUCUGGUCUCGGUAAGACGGCCGUGUUCGUCCUUGCCACCCUGCAGCAGCUCGAGCCCAUUGCUGGCGAGACUGCUGUUCUGGUUCUCUGCCACACUCGUGAGCUGGCCUACCAGAUCAAGAACGAGUAUGCCCGCUUCAGCAAGUACUUGCCCGAUGUCAAGACCUCCGUCUUCUACGGUGGUACUCCCAUGCAGAAGGAUAUCGAGAUUCUCUCGAACAAGGACACCCACCCGCACAUCAUUGUCGGUACUCCCGGCAGAUUGAACGCUCUUGUGCGCGAGAAGAAGCUUCGUCUUGGCGGUAUCAAGAUGUUCGUCCUCGAUGAGUGCGACAAGAUGCUUGACCAGAUUGACAUGCGCCGUGACGUCCAGGAGAUUUUCCGCGCCACUCCCACCACCAAGCAGGUGAUGAUGUUCAGCGCCACCCUCGCCAAGGAGACUCGCCCGAUCUGCAAGAAGUUCAUGCGCAACCCGCUUGAGAUCUACGUCGACGACGAGUCCAAGCUCACUCUGCACGGUCUGCAGCAGUACUACAUCAAGCUGAGCGAGGCCGAGAAGAACCGCAAGCUGAACGACCUGCUCGACAACCUCGAGUUCAACCAGGUCAUUAUUUUCGUGAAGAGCACCGUCCGUGCGACCGAGCUGGACAGGCUUCUGCGCGAGUGCAACUUCCCCUCCAUCGCUGUCCAUUCCGGCGUUUCUCAGGAGGAGCGUAUCAAGCGCUACAAGGAGUUCAAGGAGUUCAACAAGCGCAUCUGUGUUGCCACGGAUGUCUUCGGUCGUGGUAUCGAUAUCGAGCGUAUCAACCUGGCCAUCAACUACGACCUUCCCGGCGAUGCCGACUCGUACCUCCACCGUGUCGGACGUGCCGGUCGUUUCGGUACCAAGGGUCUCAGUAUCUCGUUCGUCAGCAGCGAGCAGGAUGAGCAAGUCCUCAAGGAGGUUGAGAAGAGAUUCGAGGUUCCCCUUCCUGAGUUCCCCGAGGGUGGCAUUGACGCUAGCACCUACAUGGCCAACUAA